AUGUUGCCUGAAGGGUCUCCAGUGACGGAGGAUGCUCAGGAAUUAUCAGGCUCACUACCCAGCAUUCCAAAAUCUUCUAUCCCAUUUCCCGCACAACAUGUGAUUCUGCAAGCUCUUCAACGCCACCUUGAAGGUCACAUCUUUCAGUUUGUUCAAAAAUGGCUCUUGGCCGAAUCUCAUGCCAUAGGAUGGACGUGUGCGGAGGCAGUCGAGUUGCAUAAGAUUUUUGGAUUCUUGACCGACUAUAAUCAGAAAUUAGAGGCCCAACCUUGCAGUCCGCCUGCACACUCGAUUCAAAGGUGGAAUCGCGUGGUCAGUAGUAUCCGCCAUGCUUCUGUUCACCGCAUCUUAAAAGCCCCAGAUGCUUUGCUUCGAAUGGUACGAUAUGCGAUCGGCUUCUUGGAAAGCAUUGCAGGUGUGAGAAGCUCAAGAAGCCUUCGCCGACUUCAUCGCUUCCUGAAGACCAUGAUUACCAGCUCAGACCGUCUGGCAGCUCAGCUGAGAGAUAAGGUGAACAUGCAGAUCCUGCUGUGUAACGCUCAUCCUGAGCAGCUCGGUCGCCGACUGCAGUUAUUACCAGAAGCCUUGAGAAGGGUUCUUCAAAACAACGAACAAAGCAUGGUGUCUCAGAUUCAAGGUUUUCUACAGCUUGAAUUUGCAUAA